UCUUACUCUGGCUUCAACAGGGCCGGACCACUGACUCCCUCCUCUGUGUGAAUCUGUCAGGGCAGCAGUGUCUAUGUGUGUGCGCAUGUCUCCACUGGGAACACUUCUUUUUAAACUUACAGCACUCUUUGGGAGCGGUAGGGCAGGCUGUUUCAGAGUGUGAGAGAGGAGAGGAGACACCCGUGGUGCUGUGAUUUGACUAAACAAACAGCGAGGGCUCAGAGCAGUACCUCCUCCAGCGGGCUCCUGGGACAGCAGAGAUUAACCUCAGACUCUGAGGAUCUGAGGGAUCUAUACAUCUGAGGCAGCAUCUCCUGUAGAGAGAACCAGCUGGAAAUCUCUCCUCUGAUUUCAGAAGGAGGAGACCGACUGCUGGCCGGCAACCUCCUCGGACAGAGAGGGAAGACUUGUCUGUUUCCAGGAUCAGUCUGAAGAACUGAGCGCAUUGAAGGCUUCCACCAUGAGGAGGGUGACGGCAUCCACGCUCCAUCUGACAGUCACCGUUACUGCUCUCCUGUAUUUCUGCACUGAGUUGUGGUGCCUGGAGCUCUCACCUGAUGACAAAGAGCUCGUCCUGGCUGAGGGCUCUUCCCUCAACCUCACCUGCUCUGGCUCAGAGGAGACCACCUGGGUGUUCAAGAGGGACGAUGUGUCAAUCCUCCAAGUGGAACAAGUUCAAAAUGGUGGUCAGAACUACAAAAUCAUGCAAAGCAGCGUCACUUCCAGUAUUUUGACCCUGUGGAACUUGAGCUGGAAGCACACAGGGGUGUAUCAGUGUAUCGAUCGACUCACUGGAGAAACUAAGGAGGUAGCUAUUUUUGUCCCAGACCCUGAUGUAUGGUUCAUAGAGAGCUCCCAUGGCAUGGUGACGAAGACCAGUGAGGAAAGCACCGUCCCCUGCGUGGUCACCAAUCCCAACAUCAUUGUCACCCUGUAUGAGAGGGACACCGAUCAGCCCAUCAAGGGGCUUUAUGUUCCUAGCGAGGGGUACAAAGCACAGCUGGAGGACAGAACCUACGUGUGUCGUGGAGAGCUGAACGGGGAGGUGAAAGAGUCUCAGGGCUUCUGCGUCGUCAGCAUUUUCGUCCCAGAGGCCAUCGACGCCUACAUCAAUGCGUCUAAGACCGUCCUGAAGCAGGGUGAACCGCUGACAGUAAACUGCACAGUGCACGGAGUGGAGCUAGUUUAUUUUUCCUGGAAUAUGCCCAACAGCGAGGUCAAGCCGCUGACAGACGUCCUGUCCCCAACAAGCAUGCGCUCCUACCUGAUCUACCCUCAUGCCACGGUGGCCCACAGCGGAGGCUACGACUGCCAUGUCCUCGAGAGUGUCCAAGACCAGACUGCCUCUGCCAGCGUCAACAUCACUGUGCUCGAGCGAGGCUUCGUAGUUGUGACUCCUGCUCAGCAACAAAACAUUUCAGCCAAGCUGCAAGAGAACGUGGAGCUCAGGGUGAAAAUUGAAGCCUACCCUCCCCCUCAGGUCCACUGGAGCAAAGAUGGCACCACCAUCAAGGGGGACAAAACCAUCACAACCAGACAAGAGCAUGAAAUUGGGUAUGUAACUAUUCUCACUUUGGUGAGGGUAAGGACGGAACAGAAGGGCCUCUACACCGUCCUUGUUACAAAUGGAGAUGACACAAAGGAAGUGACAUUUGACCUGGAGGUCCAUGUUCCCUCUCAGAUUAAAGACCUGACUGACCAGCACCUCCCUGGGAAGAGACACUUAGUGACCUGUGUAGCUGAGGGGGUCCCAACCCCGACCGUACAGUGGUACAGCUGUGACAGCAUGCUCAAGUGCAGCAACCAGACAGCUUUGUGGCAGCCGCUGAUACCAGAACCGGAGGUGCUGAGCAUCCAGACCAACGUCAGCUACAGUGAGACUCGUAAAAUAAGCCAGGUGCAGAGCCAGGUGACCUUCCACAAGCCCCAGCAGGUCACAGUUCGCUGUGAGACCAGCAACCAAGCAGGACUCAUCGACAGAAGAGACGUCAAACUGGUGUCCAGCACACUGUUCUCCCAGGUGGCAGUGUUGGCUGCUGUUCUGGCCUUAGUGGCCAUCAUCAUCAUGUCUAUCAUCAUCCUCAUCGCUGUAUGGAGGAAGAAACCUCGCUAUGAGAUCAGAUGGAAGGUGAUAGAGUCUGUGAGCCAGGAUGGACAUGAGUACAUCUAUGUGGACCCCAUCCACCUGCCCUACAACCUGGCCUGGGAAAUGCCACGAGACAACCUGGUGCUGGGUCGCACUCUUGGAUCAGGAGCUUUUGGCAGGGUGGUCGAGGCAACCGCGUAUGGUCUCACUCAUUCCCAGUCCAGCACAAAAGUGGCCGUGAAAAUGCUGAAAUCUACAGCCAGGAGGAGUGAGACUCAGGCUCUGAUGUCAGAGUUGAAGAUCAUGAGUCACCUGGGUCCUCAUCUCAACAUUGUGAACUUGCUAGGAGCUUGCACCAAACAUGGCCCUCUCUAUCUGGUGACUGAGUACUGUCGCUACGGUGACCUGGUGGAUUAUCUGCACAGGAACAAGCACACCCUCCUGCAGUACUACGCUGAGAAGAACCAAGACGAUGGCUGUCUCAUCUCUAGAGGAAGCACCCCACUCAGCCAGAGGAAAGGCUAUGUGUCCUUUGGAAGUGAGAGCGAUGGAGGAUACAUGGACAUGAGUAAAGAUGAGCCCUCCAUCUACGUACCCAUGCAGGAGCAGAUAGACAGCAUAAAGUACGCUGACAUCCAGCCCUCCCCAUACGAGUCUCCCUACCAGCAGGACAUCUAUCAGGAACAAGGUGGCGGCGGAUUGGAACUGGCCAUCGGUGACUCUCCCACUCUCACCUAUGACGAUCUUUUGGGCUUCAGCUACCAAGUAGCAAAGGGGAUGGAGUUCCUCGCCUCUAAGAAUUGUGUCCAUCGUGACCUUGCUGCCAGGAAUGUGUUGAUCUGUGAAGGCAAACUGGUGAAGAUCUGUGACUUUGGCCUGGCCAGAGACAUCAUGCAUGAUUCCAACUACAUCUCUAAAGGCAGCACCUUCCUUCCCCUGAAGUGGAUGGCACCAGAAAGUAUUUUCCAUAAUUUGUACACCACCCUGAGCGACGUGUGGUCAUACGGCAUUCUUCUUUGGGAGAUUUUCACACUGGGAGGAACCCCUUACCCUGAUUUGCCCAUGAACGAGUUGUUCUACAGCGCUUUGAAGAGAGGCUAUCGAAUGGCAAAACCCGCCCAUGCCUCUGAUGAAGUCUAUGAGAUCAUGAAAAAGUGCUGGGACGAGAAGUUCGAGAAGAGGCCCGAUUUCUCCUUUCUGGUCCACAGUGUGGGGAAUAUGCUGACAGACAGCUAUAAAAAGCUCUCUGGCUCUGGAGGAGGAGACGGACUCCAUGUCGCAGGACACGGCCGACACUCUUCCAGAAGAGGACAGGGUGGAGGAGACCAGCGAGAGAGACGCUCUGCUGUGCUCCUCCAGGACGCCCGAGGUAGAAGACAGCUUCCUGUAGCUACAUACAGAACCCUGAGAGAACAGAGCCCUUUUCUGAGAUUUUUUUUUAACAUGCCUGAAAAAGGGAACGUGACUAAACUAGAAUGUAGCAACAUUGAAACUGAGAAGGCAAUCUUUGUAUCUCCACUAAGCACUCAAAAAGUUUUGCCCUUCUUUGAGCUUUUGUAUCGAACUUAUUACCUCUGAAACUACAAAAUGGUUAGAAAUAAUAAGCAUUAUGUUACGAUCCAGUCAUUCAUAAGAAGCUUUCCAUAAAAUAAAUACGGUACUCUCCUCACUCUCACAUGGAUUCAGUUUACACUAAGUAAAGAUGUAUUUUCCAUUGUAGCCAGAGACUUGUGAGGCCUUAUGAGAUAUGUGCUUUUUUAGUUGGACACAUUUAGCCAUAUGUUAAUUUUUGGCUGUUACUAUUUUGUCCCCUCUUUAGUGUUAAUGACCAGUGUGGAUGUUUAGAAAUGUUUAGUGGAUGUUUUUACAAACAAUUUUAUUUGUUUUAAAAACACAAGGUAAUUAACACAACAAUAAAAAAAACCAUAAACAAAUACACACAUGAAAACAAAAUACUGUCCAAACAAGAACAAUAUUCAAAUUCAGAUUGGCAUUGGAAACAAAUAUUUACAUUGCCAAAACAAGUAUGAAAUAAAAAGAAAAAUUAAUAUAGCAUUAUGUCCUAAACCACGAGCAGCCGUGGAACAUCAGUUAUUGGGUUCAAACUUUAUGUUGCUUUUUUUUUCCUUACCUGAAGUACGAGUGGCUGUGUUCGCUGCAUUAUAUUUGUAAAAAUGUCAUUCCAAGGACAUGAUAUCCAGAGAUUCUACAUGCACUGUUUUACUAAGAGAGAUCAUUUGUUUAUAGCUACAUGCCACAUGAAGAUUUCCACUUCUUUGUUUCCUGAGAAUUAUAUGAAAUGUAUAUGUCAUAUGUGAAUUUUGAAUCCUUAGUCUGAGGCUUAUAGUGGCUUGUUAUAGUUCUGUGCCAGAUUUGCACUUUAUUUAGAAAAAUGGGUUAGUCAUAAUGAGGAUAUAAAUAUACUCUCAUAAAGACAGAGAUAAUACAUAUAACAAGAUAAUACUUAAAUAUGUGCCUGUAAUGGUAAAUCAGUUUCUGUGAUGACAGGUGACUCCUACAAGUGGAAAUAAUAAAUACAGCGUAUCACUGCCUGAGCACAAGAUGGCACACACGAGUGCCUUUGUAUAUAGACUGACAGCGUUGUCUUGCAGCUAUUGUCGCUUGCCGAUAUGAAGGGCUACUGUACUCAAGGAACCUAGAUAGCCGUAUGCGUACAUGUAAAUAUUAUGCUUUUAGUCUUCUGUUUCAUUCGAUAACAUUCACUUACACAGUGUUUCAACUUUCAAUACUUAGUCCAUUUAAAACAACACAUAGUAAUAUUCUGUAGCAAUUUUAAAUGCACAAGAUCACUGUAUCACAAGCUAUGGUACCAAAGCUUUUCUUAACGUUUACAAAUGUAUUUUUUAUAUGUGCCAUUUUAUAUGUUGUAAAUGUGACAAUAAAUGUGUAUUAUCAUAGUAA